CGUGCUAUUGCAAUCGUACAGAAUGUCAGUGAGCAACAGGGAUUCAAACGACUGGACCCAACGUCUUAUUACCAGCAAUAGCAGCUCAUCCUCACUUUCGAGCCUCCCCCGCUCACCGGUUCCAGAAAGAAGCAGGUUGAUGAUAGAGUAUGCACAGAGAGAACAGAGAGAAAUGAGAGAAAGAGAAGAGAGAGGAAAUAGAGAGGGAAUGGAAAGAGAAUUGAAAGAGCGAAGAGAAAGGGAAACAAGAGUAAGAGAAGACAGAACCGCAGAAGAGAACCUUCCACUUCAGGAGACUCCACCCUGGCAGUGUGAGCAUUACCAAAGGAGAUGUCGUGUCAAGUUUCCAUGUUGCGGAGUGUUUUAUCCGUGCCAACACUGUCACAAUUUAUCGGGGACAUGCUCUGCUGAUGAUAGGAAGGCACAUGAUGCGACACAUGUUAAGUGCGGCAAUUGUGGACUCGAAGAAGAGAUAAACGAAGAAAGUCAAACCUGCAGACGCUGUGGCGUAAAAUUGUCAAAAUAUUUCUGCCCAAAGUGUAAGCACUUUAUAGGUGUUGACAAGAACCCUUUCCAUUGUGAAAAGUGUGAAAUCUGCCGCUUUAACAAGGACACAUCCUUUCAUUGCGACGUGUGCAAUGUUUGCAUGGAGAAGCGAUUGGAGGGGAAACAUCCAUGUCGGCCGGACUCAGGACAUGAAGUGUGUCCCAUCUGCCGUGAGGAGGUGUUCACCGGUGGCCAAAUUCUGCCAUGCUCACAUAAGGUUCAUAAAGAGUGUGGCUCUAGAAUGAUGUUUUAUGCAGAGAUACAGAAUCGCGUGUAAGUAUGUUUAGAUAGUCCAAAGUAACUGUUCAUAACGUUUUAAAGGAUAUUAAUAAACGAGAGUAUAACUUAAGUAAUGGUGGUGGUGCUGUCAUCAUGAAACCGUUUCCGCAGUUGUCAGUUGAUGUAUCAAGACUUCUCUUACUUGAUGCAAUGAACACGCCAUUAUGCUGUAGUGAUGUAAACAUAAAACCCGGAUAUUCUGUGGGUGUAACAAGUAGUGCUGUGUUACGCAAUGAGGUACAGUAUCAAACGGCAGUUUGUUCGUCAAUGUCGAAAGAAAUCCAGGAUAACUUUGGUUUGGCAGGAAACUCGAGCCAGCUUCUCAACAAAUCAAGUACAAAACUAAAAGCAAUUUCGGCUUGGUCAUUCACGUUUUCGUGCACUUUCCUGACUUUGAAUUCUUAUUGGUUAUGAGUAAUUCUAAACGAGUGUCACAAGUAACCGGGAUUACGUUGGCUUUCCAUCACUUCGCUCUGUGAUUGGUCCAGAAAACUACAUCUCGACCAAUCAGAUACAAAACUAACCCUAUCUGCAACAUAAUCACUCCUUUUCUUCCCGCCUUUAGAGUGUACUUUGAGAGCUCUGUAUCUUACAGUUUCUUUUUAUUUUGCUUUUAGUCUUACUUGCCCGAUGUGCCGCCACCCUGUGGAAGGUCACGAAACAGAAGAUCCAAGCCAAUAUGGUUAAUACAAGCUAGAAUUCUCCACUACAAAGUGCUAAACACAAUCAAGAGGCCACGUUAGAAAUAUAAUUUAACGUGGUUGGAAACAAAAAAAAAGUUAUAAAAGCGAAAUUAUUUCAAACUAAUUAUUAUGGGUCUUUUUAAUACGCUACUUGAAAUGUAUGGAAACAUUCUCAGUUUUUUAGGUCUCUGUUUCUUUCACUUAAAUCCAGUUUAACGACACGUUUUUAUGGUGUGGAUGGGAUAUACCUACUAACCUGCCCAAAGAGGUUGAAGAACCGCUUCUUUUGUAACAAAUAGGUUUGCUAUAAUGUUCUCCAGACGCGAAGGUCAAACUCACAUAGAUACCGGCAUGGAUUGGGGCUAGGCGGGGGAUUAGUUUCUACAGAGGGCUUGAUUUAAAUUUUUUUCAAGUGGUUUGUUUUGUUCAUGAACAAACAAUAUUACGUUAUUUUAAGAUAGUAGUAGUAUCCUACAAAAUAAAUAUUGAAAAAUACGUUCGUCCUGAUUAUUGCUCUGACUGCAAUAGGUUAUUUCUAAACUCAACCCUUUAACCCUUUAGAGUGACUAGCAUCUAAUUUCUCCUUACAAGAUCACCCCUGAAUCAUGCAGUAAGGUCUUGAGAAUAAAGAAAAUUAUCAGCAG